GCCAGUCACUCUUGAUAAUAUUGUUUAGAUUUUUUUUUUUCCAUAAGACUGAAGGAGUAGAUAGCUUUCUUUCGUUUCUUCUACUUCUCUGUCUCUCUUCCUCUGUCAAUAGCUAGAUGUGGUGGGAGAUGGGCGCGUGUUACUGUUGAUGUCUUGAGGAGGAAGCCAAUCAAGUAUCGCUUUGGUAUUAGAGAAGAUUACACCUCCAACGUGUCUUCGUUGAGGACGAUGAUGAAUAUUGUUACUCUUUUGACCACAAAAAUUGAUCAUAUAAAGAGUCAAAAAGCAAUGAAUGGAGAAAAGUACUAAAAAAUGCCCAUGUAUGAGUCAACUAAGCUUGAUGUGAGUGGUGGUGGUGUGCAAGUUCUAGAUCUAGAAACUGCCGUGAAAGAUGGCAUUUUGGGCGGUGACAUCAGUGGCCCAGCUUAUACUGGCGUUGCAGAUAAACUGGAUCUGAAUAUAAUGAUUCAAGAGCUGGAAUCAAUUGAUGUGCCAUCCGUGUUUAUCUGUCCAAUCUCAUUAGAGCCAAUGCAGGAGCCCGUGACUCUCUGCACCGGCCAGACAUACGAGAGAUCCAACAUUCUGAAAUGGUUCUCUCUCGGCCGUUACAUUUGCCCCACUACAAUGCAGGAACUGUGGGACGAUUCGGUCACUCCUAACAAGACUCUUCAGCAGCUCAUUUACUCCUGGUUCUCCCGCAAAUAUGCUGCAAUGAAGAAGAAAUCGGAGGAUGUGCAUGGGAGGUCUGUGGAAAUUUUGGAGACUUUAAAGAAGGUUAAAGGUCAAGCUAGAGUUCAAGCUCUUAAAGAGCUUAGGAAGCUCGUGAGUAUUCAUCCAACAGCUAAAAAGGCAGUUUUUGGUAAUAAUGGUGUUGCUUUGAUUACUCUUUUGUUGGGUCCUUUCACCACUCAUGCUGUUGGGUCAGAAGCAAUUGGAAUUCUGGUAAACUUGGACCUUGACUUGGAAUCAAAGAAGAAUUUGAUGCAGCCCGCAAAGAUUUCGUUAAUGGUGGAUAUGCUAAAUGAAGGAACUAUUGAGACGAAGGUUAAUUGCACAAAGUUAAUCAAAAUUUUAAUGGAAGCCGGAUUAGGGUCUGAGAAGGUGUCUAGCUUGAGUCUUUUGGUUGGUUUGUUGAGAUUAGUGAAGGAUAAGAGGCACCAAAAUGGGAUACUUGCAGGACUGGGCUUGCUCAAGACAAUUUGUUCGCAUGAGGCCAUUAGGAACUCGCUUGUAAGCAUUGGAGCAGUUCCUCAAUUAAUCAAGAUAUUGCCUAGUUUGAAUAAUGAGUGUCUAGAGUUAGCACUUCAUGUACUAGAUGCUCUGUCAACAGUUAGUGAGGGAAGAUUGGCUUUGAAAGAUUGUCCUUAUACAAUACCAAAUGUUGUGAAGUUGUUGAUGAGGGUUUCUGAGAGUAGUACUCAGUUUGCCUUGUCGAUAUUAUGGGCGGUUUGCGAGCUUGCACCAGAUGAAUGUGCUCCACUUGCUGUGGAUGCAGGUUUGGCAGCCAAGCUACUUCUGGUAAUACAAAGUGGCUGCAGUCCUGUGUUAAAGCAGCAGUCAGCUGAGCUCUUGAAAUUAUGUAGUCUAAAUUACUCAGCUUCUAUAUUCCUUUCCAAGUGUAAGCUUACGAGAACCUUACAGUGACGGCAAUUGGCAAAAUGUUGAUAUACACAUCGCUUUUUUAUGUACUCAACGGAGGAAGGUGCUUCUGAAAUUGAUGAGGGUUGUACUUUAUGGAUAAAGGAGCUUCUGGAAAUGAACAGGGUUGGAAACUGAUCUUGCCGGGUUCUUAAGGAAUCUGAUUUCUCCUUUGUAUACUAAGAUCAGUUUUUACAGUUGAUAUCACACGAAGCAGUAUGAUAAACAAGGAUGUGAUUCAAUGUUGCCCAUCAGCGCAGACGUUUCAAUCCACAAGAGAAUGGUAUAAGUAUGUCCCCAUUGAGGGGAUUAGAGGUUGGACAUGAAAAUGGAGGGAAGAGUAGUCCUCUGUGCACAUGUUUUCAUCUGUAAUUGUACUUAAUUUCACUGGGUACCCUGUAUUUACCAUGAUCCCUAAAUUUUCAUUCCUUCUUUUUCAACAGGGGUGUUUUUGAGUCUAGACAAAACUAAGUGGAAUUUGAAUGUAAAACUUUUGUACAAUAACACCCUUGUACUUUUCACAUGAAUAGAACACUGAAAUCUAUUAAGUCUGAAA